AUGGAUGAUAUCACAGCGCGCAAUCGCGAGCAUUUCGAGUAUGAUUGUGUCUCGGCAGUCAUUGAGGAAUUGAAGGAGAGAAGAUCGUGGAUUAGCAGCAAGCUGGGGGAUGGCGACGCAUCGAAGAAUGACAAGAAGCCAGUAAAGCUGCUGGAUUAUGCUUGUGGCUCUGGCACAGUCUCCAAGGUCCUGGCUCCCUAUGUCGAUGAAGCAUUAGGGCUCGACCUCUCCGAAAACAUGGUUGCUGAGUACAAUAAAUGGGCGGUAGGACAAGGCUUCUCUCAUACCAGAGCCCACGCGCUCCAGUUAGAUCUGCUCGCAGAGCCACAACCUACCAAUCCAGAGCUCUCCGGAUUCGACGUCGCAGCCGUCUGUAUGGCGCUACACCACGUGGCUAACCCAGAACGACUUCUGUGCAAACUCUCCAAGACGUUGCGACCGGGAGGCGUUUGCGUGGUAUUAGACAGGGUUUUCGAAGAAGAGAGGCCUGAGUUGCGACCAGACAUACCUGAGGAAGCGAAGAGAGUACUGCGAACCAUCAACAAGCACGGGUUCACCGAAGACGAUAUGCGUAAGUACUUCGAAGGUGCCGGUAUGGUCAAAAACUUCGAGUAUGUGAUUGUAGCACGGCCGUUCAAAGUGACGCUGUACGGCCAGGAGAUGGAGCUAAAAGGGUUCAUAGCACGAGGUGAGGUACCUUGA